GGACUCGUUCUAACUUGUGGAGUCCAGAUCAAUGUCGGCCAACUAUGUGAACAAACCAAUCGCUCUUUAACUUUUCUCUAUAAAUAUCCCCACCUCACACUCCCUUAUUCCCCAGUCUCUCUCACCAUUCCACUACUUAUUCAAAUCUAGAGAGAGAGAGAGAGAGAGAGCAGGGGCAACCUGACCACUAAGAACACACAAAAGGCAAUGGCGAUUGAAUUGAAAUUGUUUGCUGCUUCUUUCAUGUUGGCAGCUGCUCUCCUGCAGGGCUCGGAGGCAGAGACUUCGCACGUGGUGCUUGGCACCUCGGGUUGGAUCGUUCCAUCCGGCGGCUCCGCAGAAUAUGUCACUUGGGCCGCCGCACAAACCUUCGCCGUCGGCGACUUUCUCAUCUUCAACUACGCCACCGGAGCACACGACGUGGCGGAGGUGUCGAAGACGGCGUACGAAGGCUGCACCAGCACUACCACCAUUACCCUCGCAACCACCGGUCCGACCAACAUCACCCUAUCGACAGCCGGCGAGCACUACUACAUCUGCACUGUUGGGUCUCACUGCAACGGGGGCCAGAAGUUAGCCAUCAACGUCACCGCCAGUACCACUACUUCCACCCCGCCACCGCCCGGCACCACCACCGCUUCUCCUCCCCCACCCGGCACCACCUCUUCUCCUCCCCCGCCCUCAAGCGCCGCCACGCCGUUCGCCACUGCCGCCUUGCCUAUGAUCACCUUAUUCUCGAUUGUUUUAGCUAUGUUGCACUAGCUAGAUACUUAAUAGUAAAAACUUUAUAGUAACUACUAGUAAUAUAGAUAUAAUUGAUGUGUGGUUCAGAUUCUGAUUUUGAGUGUGGUGGUUCUGGAUCGGACCACAGCCGAGGUGAAUUUAGACGACACGGUGAUUAUUCUAUGUAUUUAUAUUUUUUGUUUUUAGUUUUCGUGUGCGCAAUUUUGCUAGAGAUUUUGUGCUAAUAAAGCUGAUUUUAUUGUAA